CACAUCUGUGUGUGUGUCUGUGUGUAUGUGUGUAUGUGUAUGUGAGCGGAUCCUCCCACUGCGCCGGGCCGCUUAAUUAUGAGGCUCGCGCGGAGCCUGAGCUACUUAAACGGCUCCCGGAUGGCAGAGCUCAGAGAAUUCAGUGAGGUUCCGUCCUGCUGAAGUUUGCCUCAGUGCAGUGUUAGUGUGGAAGUGUGUGAGCUUGCUUGCAGUGUCAGUCAGCUAUGCAGGUGAACUUGGUGGUGAUGUACCGGAGCGCGGUGCUGCUGCUGCUGCUGCAGGGCUGCCUGAGCGCCUCCGCCGGAGGAUGGAGAGAAUUAAAGAACGACGCUACGGAGCUGAUCCCGGAAUACACCGGUCACACAGCUCAUCCACAGCACCAGCUUCAGCCAUCUAACCACUACAACAACACGAUGAACGACGCCAAAAACGGGGGCAGGAGACAGUCAGCUAACAGUCCUGCAUAUGAAGCCUCUGAACUGAGCUGCCGAGAGCUGCGUUCUACUCGCUACAUCACCGAUGGUUCGUGUCGUAGUGCCAAGCCAGUGAAUGAGCUUGUUUGCUCAGGCCAAUGUCUGCCUGCUCAUCUGAUGCUUAACUCUAUCCUUCGAAGCAAGUGGUGGCGCAGUGGCUCUCCGGAUUACCGCUGCAUUCCAGCUCACUACCGCGUGCAACGUGUACAGCUCCACUGCCCCAAUGGCAAAAGUCGGACCUACAAAAUCCGAGUGGUAACCUCCUGCAAGUGCAAGCGCUUCACUCGCCACCACAACCAGUCAGAUGCCAAGGAACCGACUUCUCAAAGAGUACAUCAAAACAAGAAGCGUGCACGACUCCAGCAAACACGGGGCCGAAGCAGAGAGCCUACUAUCAGCAGCAACUCAUACUGAGAAGCAGCCCUCCAUGUAUGUGAGCUCUUACAAAGACUCUGUCUCUCUCACACACACUCACAUACAUACACACACAAUCACAUUUUGUCCAAAUGAGAAUCCAAAACUUCAAGGGAAAGAAGACUAAAUAGAGAUACAACCAGCCUGAAAUAUUUGCAUAUUCAACAUUUAUAGAAUGAAGUCUUCAAAGUUUUUCAUAAAGUCACAAAUUUUGCAUGGACAAUUAAACUUAAAUGAAAUGCAAUAAUCGAGAUGUUUGACAAAAGAAAACAGGAGGACUGUUGGACUUUUGCUUAAACUGAAGUUUGUAGUUGUGGGAGAUCAGUGUUGAGAGUUUGAUGGUUUAUAUUGUAUAUUCACAGUAUUUCUGUGGAGGGCUGGUGAUCUAAUUUUCAUGAAGUUUAUUAUAAGGGUGAUCAGGAUUACAAUUGACACCAAAGUUAACAAGCAUAACCAUGACCAAAUCCUACAUCAGCGAUGCUGCAAGCUUAUGGCUGAGGUGAAUGUUUGUAUAGCUGAAAUGAAGUCAUCUCUUUCGGGUGUGCUGAAGCUCAUGAUCCAGCUGCCCAGGAGUGCUGGGCUCAGAAAACGUGCUGCUGGUGACACUUUGCUGAAAUCUAGCAUUCUUAACCCUGUUCAUAUGCAAGGAACUCAUCUGACAAGCUGUGGUGCUGAAUUCCCACAGCCUUACCUUUCCAGAAGAGACCUUAUAGGAGCUGUCAGCUGGAGCGAAGCCCACUGUCAGCAUCAGAAAGUGGGAACGGUUGUGUCAGCACUUCACGAGCUGAGUCUGUUAGAGCCAAGAGCAGCACACACUGUUUCUCUGUCCUGUCUUAAUUACUAAAUAGACCCAUUCCUGUGUUUAGGAUUUGAGUCAUAAAAAGCUAUUUCCUCUAGACGUGGUCAGUUCCUGUUUGUUUGAAUAGCAAAAAAACGGGGCCCACAUGCAUGUAGGAAUCUACAACAAUUGUGCCUGUUGUUACCUUAGGGACAGAGCACUUUUCUACACCGCCCCCGUUCUCUGGAAACCAUUUGGAGCUUCUUGGCCAGUUGGAGUAACUAAGUAGCGUUAAUGGUUAUCUAAUUGUAAUAACAGUGAGAUUUAAAUGCGAGGACAUUAAAACAACAAACCGCAUGUACAACUGCAGGUAAUCUCAGUAUGGCAUUUAAUUAUAAAAGCUUCCGUUAUGUUGUGUACAAUGUAUAAGCUUUACAAAUGUGCUGUGAAAUUAAUUGGAGAUUGAAUUCAGCUCUGGAUGAAAAAAUGACCUGACAGAAUGACGAUGUCCUCCAGCAAAGCUGUGAAGCAGUGUGCUUUUAACAACUGGAGUUGCAUCAAUUUCUCAAACAUCCUUAGGGGAGCUUUAAGAGACAAACAUGAAAUACGGGACUGAACUCUGGAUGUAAGUGCAUUUUGAUAUUACACAGGAUGUACAGUAGGAGAGCUAUGGAAUCCCAAGCCAGACAUUUGCCUGUCACAUCCAAUCCAAGUGUCUCGCCUCGAAUAUCUAAUGAAGAAUAUUUCACUCAUGUCCAGACAUUGUUCAACUCCAGAUUUUUUUUUUGUGGCUGUGGCUUCCCCUCUCUCUUUUCUAUACAUUAUUAUCCAUGAUUGCUUCUUUUUUAAUUGUAUGUUUGAAAAAGAAACUUUUUUUCUUGUAAUGUAUGUUAAAAUGCCAUGUUUAACCAGAUUAGGCAAAGUGUACUUAUCUGGUCUAUUGAUGUAAAGCCCUUAAAUGAGUACUGACUGGAAGGAUUGCAACCCUCUCCAGUCCUGAAAGAGACUUUUGCAUAGAAUGAACUGUAUAUUUAUUUUUUAAUUUCAAACAUUUAAAUUAUUUAUGCAACUUCUUUUUUUAAUAUAAAAUAAUAGCCAUUAUACUUCUAUAUGAAAUAAUAGCAAAUUUCCUAACAGACAGAGAACACAAAUAAAGUAAGUCAAAGUAUA